AUCGUCACACACCUUUACUUCAUUUCAUACCUGUCAGUCUGACUUCCUGUCCCGCCUCCCCUCUCCGUCUCUGUCCAAUCAGGAGAAGCGGAUCGGCUCCCUGGACGCGGCGAACUCGCGGCUGAUGGCGGCGCUGACGCAGGUGAAGGAGCGCUACAGCACGCCCAACCUCCGCAACGGCCUGUCACCCACCAACCCCACCAAACUCUCCAUCACUGAGAACGGCGAGUUCAAAAACAGCAGCUGCUGAUUGGCCGAGCGGGAGGGGGCGGAGCUUAAACUCUCUUAAAGCUGCAGCGCUGCGAACGAACAGAAGGAGAAUCUAUAAAUACGAGUGUAAAUACUGAAGGUUUGGUCUGUUCAGUGUACAGAGAGAGAGAGAGAGUGUGUGUGUGUUUGUGUGUGUGUGUGUGUG